UCACGUGACCGACCGUCGCCCAGGUUGUGUCGAAAGCAUCCUGGUGUUAGCAGUUAGCUACCCGCUGACAAAAACACAAACUAAGGCAUGAAUAUUUUUACAAUGCGCGAACUAUUAACGCGGCUCUAGCGGAGACAAAGAAGACAAGGACCUACCCACAGCCCCCUUUCCAACAUGGUUUGAUAGCUGGCAUGUGAAGAGGCCAGUUAACGUAGCUAACUAUUAGCGCUAGCUAACGAUCAAACUUUGACGGGCAGCAGCAACAAUUCGCUAGCUAGCUGCUAGUUUGAUUGACUACAACCAUUCCGGCUAGCCAGGUAACAUCUUGUUAUUGUAGCAGGUAUGCUAACUAACUAGCAUCUCGUGUGUGGACUGAGUAAUAACGCGUUUUUUUUGAUCAGUCAUUUAAAACUAGCGUUAUUACUAAGUAACGUCCGCUAACUGAUCAAUAAUGACUGCUGUUGAGCGGCUAAUGCUAACGUUAGCUGUUUAAACUUCACUGUAAGUAACACACAAUUACGCAGUGUUAGUGCUGAUUAUCUUUCUCCCAGCUAAUAGUGAAAUUAGGCGAACAGCAGCUAGUGAACAGCUGUAACCUGAAAAGCUACGCGUCUGUGUUUUCUUAUUGAUUCACCCAAUCACAUGAGAUAAAUAAUGCUAAACACCAGGAUGUCAAACGCAUGGGGAUUAACGUUAAGGCAGCAGUAUUGUGUAGAAAACACAGCUGUCCGGUCAUUUCGGUAAUCCUUGUUUUCCUCAUCAUGCGGCUUCAGUAGAUGUUUGUAAUUGCGUUUAGUUUAACGUCUUGUAUCUGCCAACACAUUUGGCUACGUGGUUCACCGUAAACAGACUGUAUAGGCUAGAGUCUACUUUUCUUUAAGUUAUGCCUGGGGACGCAUCAGAUAGUAGCGAUGACUCCGAUACCAAAACAAAUGAAAAGGCCUGCACCGUCAAGCAUCAAAUCACCAAUGCUAACCUCACAGGUCACACCGAGAGGGUCGGCAUGGAGAACUUUGAGUUGCUCAAAGUCUUGGGCACUGGAGCUUAUGGAAAAGUGUUUUUGGUCAGGAAGAACACCGGUCACGAUGUGGGCCAGCUGUACGCUAUGAAGGUGUUAAAAAAAGCAGCCAUCGUUCAAAAGGCAAAGACAACAGAACACACUCGCACUGAGAGGCAGGUGCUGGAGCACAUCCGCCAGUCUCCUUUCCUGGUCACGCUCCACUACGCCUUUCAGACGCAGAGCAAACUACAUCUCAUCCUGGACUACGUGAGCGGUGGGGAGAUGUUCACUCAUUUGUACCAGCGGGAUCACUUUCCUGAGGAGGCGGUGCGGAUUUAUAUCGGGGAAAUCAUCCUGGCUCUGGAGCACCUGCACAAGCUUGGCAUCGUGUACCGAGACAUCAAAUUGGAAAACAUUCUUCUUGACAGUGACGGCCAUGUGGUAUUGACAGAUUUUGGGCUCAGCAAGGAGUUUCUGGAAGAAGAGAAGGAAAGGACGUACUCUUUCUGUGGUACCAUUGAGUACAUGGCACCUGAAAUCAUCAGGGGGAAAUCUGGGCAUGGCAAGUCUGUAGAUUGGUGGAGCCUUGGGAUCCUGAUGUUUGAGCUUCUGACGGGAGCGUCUCCGUUUACCUUGGAGGGCGAGAGGAACUCCCAGAGUGAGGUGUCAAAACGUAUUUUGCGCUGUGAUCCACCGUUCCCCUCUAUGAUUGGAUCCACUGCUCAGGACCUGCUGAGGAAGCUGUUGGUGAAAGAUCCCCACAAGAGGCUGGGCUCUGGACCGCGUGGGUCUGAAGACAUCAAAGCACAUUCCUUUUUCAAGGGACUGAACUGGGCCGACCUAGCACAGAAGAAGGUGCAAAGUCCGUUCAAGCCAGAGCUGAAGAGCGAACUCGACGUGGGGAACUUUGCUGAGGAGUUCACCGGGAUGGAUCCCGUCUACUCUCCGGCGAGCACGCCGCCAAGCACUGACCGCCUGUUCCAGGGUUACUCCUUUAUUGCUCCCUCCAUCCUGUUCAACAAGAACGCGGUCAUGGGAGACUUUGUGCAAUCCCAGAUUGGUGCUGAGCGUCCUGCUUCAGCCUCUGUCCAGCGCAGUGCAAUGUUAGAGGAAUCCCAGUUUUUUCAGCACUAUGAGCUGUGUCUUCACGGGCCGCCCCUCGGCGAGGGUAGUUUCUCGGUGUGCAGGAAGUGCCGACACAAGCAGACCGGCCACGAGUAUGCUGUCAAGAUCGUCAGCCGCAGAAUGGAGGCAAACAGCCAGAGGGAGAUCGCUGCUUUGAGGCAAUGUGAGAGUCACCCAAAUAUCGUCAAGCUCUAUGAAGUCUAUACUGAUCAGUACCACACAUAUUUAGUGAUGGAGCUUCUGCGAGGUGGCGAGUUGCUGGAAAGAAUCAAGAGGAAGAAACUCUUUGGAGAGGCGGAGGCCAGUCAGCUGUUACAGAGCCUGGUGUCAGCCGUCAGCUUCAUGCACGAGGCGGGAGUCGUGCAUAGAGACCUCAAACCAGAGAAUGUGCUCUUCGCAGACGAGGGGGAGGACUCCAUGCUCAAAGUAAUAGAUUUUGGAUUUGCCCGCCUGUGCCCCGCAGGCAGCGCCCCCCUGCAGACUCCCUGCUUCACGCUGCAGUACGCUGCACCUGAACUUUUUGAGAGUGCAGGAUACGACAAAGCCUGCGACCUCUGGAGUCUCGGGGUCAUCCUGUACACCAUGCUGUCAGGCCAGGUGCCAUUUCAGAGCGAGCAGCGGGGGAUGACCUCAUCAUAUGCUGCUGACAUCAUGCAAAAGAUUAAGGAGGGUGAUUUCUCGUUGGACGGGGAGGCCUGGAAGGGCGUAUCGGAGGAUGCCAAAGAGCUCGUUAAAGGCCUACUGACAGUGGACCCAGAGAUGCGUCUCAAACUCUCUGAUCUGAAAGAGAACAGCUGGCUGCAGGGCGGAGCAUCCAUGUCCACCACUCCUUUGUGCACUCCGGAUGUGCUGGAGUCUAGUGGGCCUACUGUCCGCACCUAUGUCAACGCCACCUACAAGGCUUUCAACCGUGGUAAGAGAGAGGGCUUCUUUCUGAAGAGUGUCGAUAAUGCUCCCCUCGCAAAACGCAGAAAGCUGAAGAUGACAAGUACAGGUGUAGAGACCCGAUGGAGUUCAUCUUCUUCCUCCUCCUCUUCUUCCACAUCCUCCUCUGCUUCUGCAUCUGCAACAGCAUCUAAAACACAGCCAAAGCAAACUGUGACCCCAAAGCAGAGCUAGCCUAAACAGCCGGGGAGAGAACAGAAGGAAACGAAGAGGUAUGAGCUUAAACUGGAGACAAGAUGUCCUCCAGUGGUGAUAGGGUCACUCCGUUCCAAAAAAACCAACCUGACAAACCAAAAAACUGGUUUAGGUUAGUAUUUCGCUUUCAAUUUCAAUUGAAUUGAAUUCCACCUUUUUACAGCAAAGCACCUUCGUUCAUCAUGCCACAUUCUCCCCGAACCAAACUGUAUUUUCCUUGAGCUAAUGGAAUAGAAGAUGGUAGAAAUCUAAUUUGGCAUCUUUAAGAUGUACAGAAAUCUGUGGCCUUGAGAAAAAUAUUAUUACUCAGUAUUCACUCACCAUAACAUGGUGACAUCACACACUAAAAGUUAAAAACGAGACAUUUACCUGUUUUCACUGUGGGUAAGAAACAGUGCCUGGCUAUAUAGGGAUAAAGGGAAAAAGGAGCCAUAAAUGAGCAGAAGCCAUAUACAUAUACAUAUACAUAUAUACAGCAAAGCAGUGAAUAUAUCAAUUGAGCCGUUGUGAAUACACUCAGAGUUGCACAUAGCAAAUGAAAAGUCCUUCCAGGAAUUUGCAGGCUCAGUUCUUUGUAUCUUUGUAGAUUGCAUAUAGUUAUUUUGUAUGGAGCCCCUAAAGUCCUGAAAGGUAUUACUUUUUAUCUUGUGUUUACAAGUUAUUAUCCUGUGGGAACAAGUUAUUAUUUUAUUCGCACAAAUUAGCCUGUUAUCAUCUGGAAACAAGUCAAUUAUCUUGUUUACCCAAGUUAGCCCAUUACCUUGUGUGCAUAAGUUAUUAUCUUUUGGGAACAAUUUAUUAUCUUGUGUACAGAAUUUAUCAUUUUAUGGGAACAAGUUAUUAAUUUUGUUCACACAACUUUUUAUCUUGUGGGAACAAGCCAUUAUUUGUGAGCACAACUUGUCUGUUUUUAUCUUGUGUUCACAAGAUAAUAACUUGUUCCCACAAGAUAGUUCCCAGAAGAUAAUUUGUUCCCACAAGAUAAUAGCUUGUUUUUGCAAAUAAUAACUUGUUCCUUCAAGAUAAUUAUUUAUUCCCACAAGAUAAGGUUCCCAUAAGUUAAGAACUUGUUCCCACAACUUUGCCUAUUAUCUUGUGUGCUCAAACUAUUGUAGAAAUAAGUUAUUAUCUUGUGGGAACAAAUGAUUAUCUUGUAUGCACAAGAUAAUCACUUGUUCCCACAACAUAAUAAUUUGUUCCCACAAGAUGGUUCUCAGAAAAUUCUAAUCUGUUUCCACAAGAUAAUAAUUUGUUCCCACAAGAUAACUGGUUCACACAAGAUAAUAGCUUGUUCCCUCUAGAUAAUUUGUUUCCACAAGAUAGCAUACAAGAUAAUUUGUUUAUACAAGAUAAGAAGUUGCUCCCACAAGAUAAUAUCUUGUUCCCCUCAAGAUAAUAAUUUGUUCCCACAAGAUAGUUCCCACAAGAUGAUUUGUUAACAUAAGAUAAGAACUUGUUCCCAUAAGGUAAGAACUUCCCUUCCCUCGAGAUAAUAUGUUCCCUCAAGAUAGUUCCAACAAGAUGAUUUGUUUACACAUGAUAAGACCUUGUUCCAACAGGACAAUAAUUUGUUCCCACAAGAUAGUACCUUGUUCCCUUGAGAUAAGAAUUUCUUCCCACAAGAUAAUUUGCCUACAUAAGAUAAGAACUUAUUCCCACAAGAUAAUAAUUUGUUCCCACAAGAUUGUUCCCACAAGAUAAUUUGUUUACACAAAAUAAGACCUUGUUCCCUUGAGAUAACAAUUUGUUCCCACAAGAAAGUUCCCACAAGAUAAUUUGCCUACAUAAGAUAAGAACUUAUUCCCACAAGAUAAUUUGUUCUCACAAGAUAACUUAUCUGCACAAAAUAACACAUUGUUCCCACAAGGUAACAACCUGGUGCAACAGGUAAUAAUUAGUUCCCGCAAGAUAACUUGUGUGCACAAGAUAGAAAAUAUCACCUUUUUGGACUUUAGGUGCUCCGUAAUUUUGAACUUUGCCAUGUGUAAUUUUUGGCAAAAAUCUGCAAAACUUUGGCCACAGGUGCCACAUGUAGUCGGAUAGUAGUUUUGUAUGAACCUAGAAUUUUUUGUUGUUGCACUUUUUGCAGAGAAUGUAAAUGAUUAAAAAAAGGCAAAUUGCUGGAAGGACUGAGCGCAGAGGGAAAUGCUUAGGAUAUGUAAAACCUUGAGAGCAGAGGAUGCUGUAGUUCUCUACUGGAUGCAGUUCUAACUGUGUCAGUCCGAAGGGCACUGACUGUUGCACCUACAGUACACUACCAACUCUACAUAUCCCUUUGAACACAACGCGGGGCGCACGUCUUCAUCGAUUGCUCUGAUGAUGAAGUAUUUUUGGCAAACAAUCAUAGUUUGACUUGAAGUGGUCGCAGUACUAACCAAGUGUCCAACGGUAGCAGAGAUGAAGACACAGAAACAGUCAUGAAAUCAAGCGCGAUUUUCUCGUCAUACUUGCUGGUGUUGAUAUUAUUACUCGCGUUAUUGUGCCGCUCUGAAGAUUUCCAGCAUGCUAAUCUGUCGUGAUGAUGAACUGUAAGAACUUUUUCUAUAUUUUGGUAUCUUGGUAUCUCACUAAUGUCACGCAGAAUGUUUCAAUGCUACCAAGUGCAGCUCGAGUGUUUGCACGUAGCAAAAUCCAUUUUGGUGAUUUUGCGUGUACAUCGCCUUGAGCUUGUGAAUUUUUAAAGGGUAUUUCUCUUUUUUUUUUUGCCUUUUCAGACCAGCGCCAUAUGCGGCUAUCACAAACACAAUCUAAUAUAGUCUUUGAUAUUAUGCUCAGCUUGUUGUCACCUGGGCUGUAAGGGUCACCAAAAUGUCUUUUUACAGAUGGUUUUAAAACAUUGUAGGGCUUUGAAUUUGAAAUAAUGUUACAGACACUUAAUCAUGACUUUAAAAUGGUUUUUCUGAUGAGACCAUCCUGCGAGAUCUGUAUAUACUCAUCCUUGAUUUAAAGAAAACAAAAAAAGAUGUAUGUAAUGAUUUAAAAUUUGAAAAAUGUUUAAAUGGUAUUUUAGUCUCCUGAUGUAUUUUUAUUGGACUUUUUUUUUUUACAUGUUGCACAGUCAGUUGAUCAAUUAAACACAUUUCAGCUUUAAAGGUGCUUUCACUGAUAUUUAUUACAUGUAAUUGAUUUUAAUGCUGUGGUAAUGGGAUUGAUGAUUAAAUCGGCUCUUGUGUACCAGCGCCAUGAGUGUGUGUGUGUGUGUGUGCGUGUGUAUGUGGCUGUGUGAAAGGGUGAAUGGUGCUGGGAGGUUGGCUGUACCAGAAAUUUCUGUACCAGAUGAAGCAUUAUUGCAAGUUACUGUAUUAUUUCCUUGUUGUUGUUUGCCGCCUUUGUCUGUUUUAAAGGUAACUGGUUGUUCGUGUUUGAACAUUGAAAUUUUUACUUAAGGAACUGUGCUUUUAUUGGUGUUGAUAUUAUUUUGUUGUAGUAAAUGAUAUGUUUUCCUUUUCUCUUUCUUUUUUUUUUUGAGCAUUACUAUUUUACUGAGAUGCACUGUCACUGAUGUUGUAACUGGGAAUUUAUCUUUUGCAUCAAGAUUUUUUUGGUUGGUGCAAAAUAAACUUUUAAAUAGA